AACAAGUGCUUACAACAAACAAUGACAACGCUCGUUGGCUUUAAUGCGAUGUAUGUAUGUUACAUCAAAACUAUGUCGGCAUGGAUGCAGAGAAAAAUCCUUACUUUCUUUCGGUUGUGUCACAAGAGUCCGGACAUCAGGGCGCACCAAUGUAUCGAGCAAUAUUAUUUCGAAAACAGGGCACACAGAAAAUUGCACUACCCUAUCAGGCCAAUCAAAAGCUGACGGUAAAACAAAUAUUGACACAUUUCACUGGCAUGGACGUAUCAGCUAAGAAUCCCAAAGAGAUAUUUACAGCCGAUAUACAAAAGGAUUUGCUUUUACUUGAGGAACAAGAGGGUUCGGUGAAUUUCAAAUUCGGUGUAGUGUACAUGAAGCCAGGACAAGAGUGUGAUGACGAAAUGCUGAGCAAUCAGGACGCUAGUCGAGACUUUGAGGACUUCCUGCACAUACUGGGCGAACGGGUACGUCUAAAAGGCUGGGAUCGCUUCCGUGGUGGAUUAGAUGUGAAAG